UCACGUGUGUCAUUUACGGUGUCAACCAACUUGGUAGCCCUUGUGGAAUGAGCGGAGACCGUCUGUGGGGUAAUUAAUCGAUCAGAAAGAAGACAGUAAUGUUUAAGUAAGACUAACUCAGCGCGUUUACAUGUGAUUAAUCGGUACGCUGUGGUUUGAAUGACUGCGGGAGACGAUUAGCAUGAACAGGCUCCAUGUGAGGCUCUUCACGUCGCUGUUUGUGAACGGCAGGACUCUCUCUGCCCCUGUCCGCUGUGAUUCUUCUCUCCAUCGGACUGUUUUUCAGCUUUUUCGGACCAUGGCCACCACUACCACUAACAACAAAAACAAUUUACCGAAGAAAGCCAAGCAGAAGGAGCCGCUGCGCAGAGUGAAAACCAAAGAGAACCGCAGCAAGCGAGGAGACGUUCACGGACCGUCCACCGUGUACCUGCAGGUGGUCGGAGCUGGAAGCAGAGAUAAUGCUGCGUCAGUUUACGUGUUCUCCGAGUUCAACAGGUACCUGUUCAACUGUGGUGAAGGAACGCAGAGGCUCAUGCAGGAACACAAGCUGAAAGCUGCUCGCUUGGACAACAUCUUCCUGACCAGACUGAGCUGGGAGAACGUGGGAGGCUUGUCAGGGAUGAUAUUAACCUUGAAGGACACUGGCGUCCCUGAGUGUGUUCUCUCUGGACCUCCACAGCUGGAGAAUUAUCUGAAUGCCAUCAAGUCUUUCUCUGGACCACUGGAGGACAUCAAGCUGUCGGUCCGACCGUACACUGAGGAGACGUACUCCGAUGACACCAUGACGGUUUAUCAGGUGCCGAUAUUCGCACAGUUGAGGGACAAUGACAGAAAACUCUCCCACAGGUCGGGCAGGAACAGCCCCACUCAGGCGACUCCACAGAAAGCCGACGUUAGCAGUGCAGACGAUCCAGGUGAAAGGCGAACAGCAGCAAGAGAUUCCUCUCUGGUGGUUGCCUUUGCCUGCAAGCUUCACCCAAAGAAGGGGAACUUCUUAGUUGCUCAAGCCAAAGAGCUCGGGCUGCCCGUGGGCACAGCUGCUAUUGGUCCCAUCAUUGCAGCUCUGAAAGACGGGAAAAGUAUCGUGCAUGAAGGAAAAGAGAUCCGACCCGAGCAGGUCUGUACUCCUACUGAUCCAGGACCAGUUUUUAUUAUAGUCGAGUGUCCGUCUGAAGAAUUUCUUGGAGCUCUUUGCACCAAUCAGCAGCUGGGAAGAUACCAGACAGGUGGGACGGAGGACCCUGCUGCAUUGGUGGUCCACAUGACUCCAGAGUCUGUUUUGAAAACAGAUCAAUACAAGAAGUGGAUGGAGAGGUUUCCAUCUACGACAGAACACCUGAUCCUUAAUGAACACGCGUGCACGAUCCACAACAUCAGAAGUCACAAGAUUCAGGCCCAGCUCAACAUGAUCCACCCAGAAAUCUUCCCACAACUGAAAGCUUACAAAACAAAGGAGCCUCAGGCGGCCUUACACAUCCCGAGCGUCAGAGCGGAGUGUCUGCUCAAGUUCCAGCUCAGACCCGUAAUGGAGUGGCAAAGAGAUGCCAUCCCCUCCUGCAACUCUGAGGAGUUUGUGAAAGAAGCUUCUGAGGUCCCAAACUUUCUGGCAGAAGUGGACAAGUGCAGGAAGAUUUGCUCCGCUGGCUCUGCAGAGCUUUCCGGUCAAGGAGGAAAAUACCCAGAGGUGGUUUUCUUGGGAACUGGGUCAGCUCUUCCGAUGAAGAUCAGGAAUGUCAGCGGCACUUUAGUUAAUAUCAGCCCGAGUCAGUCUUUGCUGCUGGACUGUGGAGAGGGAACCUUUGGUCAGCUCUGCAGACACUACGGGGAUGACGUUGAUGACGCUUUGUCCAAGAUCGCCACGGUCUUCAUCUCACACCUGCAUGCUGACCAUCACACAGGGCUGGUGAAGCUGCUGUACCAGAGAGAAAGGGCACUGGCAACUUUGGGAAAGCCAUUUAGCCCGAUCUUCCUGGUUGCUCCGGUUCAGAUCAUGACCUGGCUCAACCAGUACCACGACUACUGCGAGGAGAUUCUCAGUCACAUCAACCUCAUCCCCAAUAAAUUUCUGUGUGACAACAUCGAGGUUCCCAAACAGAGGACGAAGUCAUUCAUCCAAGCGAUGCUGAAGAAGAACAACCUGCAGCGGUUCCACACAUGUUUAGUGCGUCACUGCAAGAAUGCCUUUGCCUGCAGUUUCUCUCACCAGUCAGGCUGGAAGCUGGCCUUUUCUGGAGACACCAUGCCCUGCGACGCAUUCGUACACAUCGGAAAAAAUGCGACCUUACUAAUCCACGAGGCCACGCUGGAGGAUGAGCUAGAGGAGGAAGCUGUAGAGAAAAGGCAUAGUACAACCUCCCAGGCCAUCGGUAUUGGCAUGAAGAUGAACGCCGACUUCAUCAUGCUCAACCACUUCAGCCAGCGCUACGCUAAGAUCCCUCUCUUCAGCGAAGACUUCAACGACAGGGUGGGAAUAUCCUUCGACCACAUGAGAAUUCGUUUUGAUGAUUCCAAAAUCAUCCCCAAACUCAUUCCUGCACUGAAAACCCUGUUUGCCGAGGAGCUCGGUGAGAUGGAGGAGAGGAGGGAGAGGAGGGAGAUGAGAUGUCCAAGAGGAAGCAGCUCUGAAGUGACCAGCGAGCAUAAGACUGGAGCGCCGGAUGUCGGCAGAGGUGCUAAAAGAGACCAGGAGGAAACAGCAGCACAUGUAGAAACGAAGAGGCUGAAAACCAGCUGAUUCCUCUGUAUUUCAUUUAAACAUGAGUUUUGAAAAAAAGAGACUAAAUGAAUGCAUCUCGAGUUAUUUUAUUUAAAUGAGCUGGAGCUUGACUUGUGUGGUCUGAUUAAAGAAAAUGCGGUUGUUGCAUUAACUGUGCAGAUCUGAGCUGUGACUGUAGUUUUUUUGUUAAACGGAAUAAAGCAAAGCUCGCCAUGUG